AUGCGACAUCUCCCGAGGCGAGCCCUAGCUCACGAUGUCUUGUCGGGCCUCGUCUGCCGUAGCUGCCGGCAGCUGCAACGCCGACAAUUCGCGACUUCGCCGUCUCCUCCCCCGCCGCCUGCCUCGGGACUCACGCCCUUGACUUCGAGGAGACUCAUCUCUAUUGCCGGGCCCGACGCUGCCAAGUUUCUACAGGGAAUUGUGACUGCCAAUGUCUCUGCUGCAGAUGGAGAGCCAAGGAAGGAUGGGUUCUACACUGCGUUUUUGACUGCGACGGGCAGGGUGCUCUACGAUGUCUUUGUGUAUCCCAACCACGGUGCCUCGGCUGAGGAGCCUGGGUUUCUGAUCGAGGUUGAUGCGGAUCAGGCAAAGAUGCUGGCGAAGCACAUCAAGCGUUAUAAGCUUAGGGCAAAGCUGGCAGUUCGUCUGCUGGGCGAGGAUGAAGCGAGCGUGUGGCACGCCUGGGAUGAUUCAAAGGGCACCAAUUGGGACUCCAUCGUCAACCAGACAAAGCUGACCCUUCAGGAUCCACGGGCACCUGGUCUGGGGUGCCGAUUUGUGAGGCUGGAUCAGAAUACACCAGAGAUCGAUCUCGAGCGAAGUACGGAAGAUGCGUACACGAUUCGACGAUAUCUCCAUGGCGUUCCGGAGGGCCAAGAUGAGAUUUCGAGGGAGCACGCACUCCCGCAGGAGACCAAUAUGGAUGUCAUGAACGGCAUUGACUUCCGAAAGGGUUGCUAUGUUGGUCAGGAGCUCACUAUCCGAACCAAGCACCGCGGUGUCGUCCGCAAGCGCAUUCUGCCGUGCGUAAUCUACGAGAAGGAGCACGCGGCACCAACCGAGCUACAGUAUCACGCCGAAGGAGCGGCACCGGCCCUCGAGAGUGCAACGGCAGACAUGAUCCCUCGGGACACGAGCAUCGGGAGGUUUGAGAAGCGCGGGCGAAGUGCGGGCAAGUGGCUGAAGGGCGUGGGCAACGUCGGGCUCGGGCUGUGCAGACUCGAGAUCAUGACGGAUGUGGUGCUUCCUGGAGAGACGGCUUCGGCGGCCUUCAACCCCGAAGAUGAGUUUGUGCUCGAGUGGGGGGAUGAGGGCAGUCGAACUGGCGUCAAGGUCAAGGCUUUUGUGCCGGACUGGCUGAGGAAGGGAUUGGAUGCUCAACAGCAUUGA